AUGCAAUUAGGUGCCUCGCAUUCUGAUGAAGAAAUCGAUGAGUCUCAUUAUACCAACAGAGAGGGGACGGUGGAAGCUGCUUUAUUAGAGUCAUUUUUUGAUGAGUCACACCCCAUGCCAGUGAGCGCCGAAUUAAAGCGAAUACAGGAGAAUCAGGCACGUCACAUUCAUUUGCCAUGGUACCAGAAGCCCAGUACUUUCUUAAUAUGCUUAUUGAUUAUGUUAAUAGCCUUGGCUGAGACAUUGUAUAUGACUCCGAUAAUCAUUAUUACCAAGGAUAAAGUUUGCGAGAGCAUAUCCAAUGGCCAGAUUAAGGGAGAAGAAACUAUAUGCGAUCCUAUUAAAGUUCAAACCAUUUUAUCCGAGAUUUCAUCUAUGACUAUAAUAAUUUCUGGGGUGAUCUCCACCUUCAUGGCAGGCAAAAUGGGUGAGCUAUCAGACCGAUUUGGAAGAGUGCAUGUGUUUAUAUAUAUUGGCUUAAUUCGGCUUCUAGGCAACGCUGCACACGUAUAUGCUCUAUGGCCGUCAACUACAUACUACAAAUGGUUCAUUAUAUUGGCAGGUUCCUUGAAUUCCUUUAGUGGAGGUAUGUACGCCAUAAUUGCAAAUGCCAACAGCUAUUUAUCGGAUAUUGUGGAGCCAGAGAAUCGUUCAGUGAGUUUUGGUAAAGUUACAAGUGCCUUGUUUGCAACCAUGGGUGUUGGUUUUCUCUUAGCUUCUAAUAUUGUUACACUAUUCCAUGGCAAUAAUUUUGCACCAAUCUACUUUGCCAUAAGCUGCAGCUCAUUAUUUAUUUUGUUGUGCUUAUUUUUUAUUAAGGAGACUCGCCAUGAGGAUUCUUUAAGGGACUCUCAAGAAGCGUUUGGAAGACGGAUGGAUAAGCAUUUUGAGAGACUCAUGGCAGACAUUGAAAGUGCGGAGAGGCCUGGAUUAGCUGGCAAGAUUUACCUUUACGGUCACUAUUACACUAACCAGGCACUUCAUUUGCUCUCUCCACUCAAAACCCUAUGGAUACCAAGAGAUUCUAAUGGAUCACUUAGGGGAAGACACACGGUAAUUCUAUUACUUGUGAUAGACAUCGCAUAUGUAUGCUCUACCACUGCCUGUAUGCCUCCACUCAUUCUGCUAACCACAUAUAAAUACAACUGGCAAACUGUCGAAAUAGGCUACUUUGUUUCUUUCUCUGGAAUCAGCAAGGCAGUUGUUCUAUUGCUACUUUCGCCAUACAUCGUCGCUUGGCUAAAGAAAAUAUAUACUGCAUGUACAGACAAAGUGGACAACAUUGAUAUGAUUUGUAUCAGAAUAUCCAUGGUAGCCAUUGUAUUUGGCAUAUCCGCCAUAAUCUUCAAGACUGAGAGUGAAAGUUCCGUGAUAGGAUUUGCACUAUUUCAAGCCUUCAGUGCCUUCCUGUCUCCAACUAUUCAAUCUACAGUGAUAAAAUACUGUCCCAAGGACAGAACUGGCCAGUGCUUCGGAGGCAUGGCUCUGGUAAGAUCAUUAACCAUGUUGGUGUUCCCACCAUUGCUAUUAAAGAUUUACGGAGCAACUGUGGCAGGCUCUCCAGAAGUUUUCUUAUGGAUACCUAUGAUAGCCUCCAUCAUAUCUGUCGUGCUGUCGCUCAUGAUAAAAACUCACUAA